AUGGCUACGAACGUGGGUAUUGUGGCGCGCAACCAGCGCGCCGAACGCCGCUCGACGGAGCGAGCGAAGCAGCAGGCGACGAGCACCGUGAACACGGACGAUGGCGGCACUGUGGCCUUGGAGACGGAGGAGACCCGCGGCGUUUCCGGCGACACGCCGAUGGGAGCUGCCAGCGGCAUGAGCGUGACGAUCGGAGGCAACAACGGGGGACACCCGGCUGGCGACGACAGUCAGUCCAGCGGCACCGGCGGCAACGACGGAGGACCGACGGAGCCGACAGCAACGACGGUGGACGCCCCACAAGUGGACAAGGAGGCGUCCAGCCCCGUGGUAACGGCGGAGACGCGACACCUGCUGCGAGUGGUGGAGCGUCUGGAGGAGCACCGGUAUAACCAGGCGGCACCGUGCACCGCCGGCGGGACGGACGAUGGAGACGACGACGCCGAGUGUUGCGGCAGGAGCGGAGCCACAGCAGAUCGUGGUCCGCGAGUGCCCGAAGCCCCUAAAGCUGACCAAGUUCAAGGGGCUGGACGACCCAUACCCGUGCCGAUGUGGUUGAAGACGGUGAGGGCCGAGUGGACGGAUGCGCAGCUGUACCACGAGGUCGCACUGAACCUCGACGGCGAGGCGCAGCGCUAG